UUCUCUGCAUUUUCUGAAGUUUUCAAAAAAAUCUUCGUGCUCACCGCGAAUUAUUUAAUUUCUUGAAUUCUUCCACCUAAUCAGUAUGAGUCGCAGUGUUGCCACAUUAAAAACAUAGUUGCCAGAUUGCAUACUCAUCACGUUCCAUUUGUGUUCCAGUGGAGGAGUUAGCCAUCAACUGUCGGCGACGCGUUUACUCUCUUCUCCAGAUGGAUCCCGUUACCGUCUGGACGAAAUGGACCAAACGUGGCCGUGGGCCGACUCGUUCUCGAGCCUCCACCGGGAUGCCUACACCGAGGUCCGAACGCCGAGACCUCCGAUUUUUACGUUGGGAUGCUUUCGGGCGUGUCGCGCGCGCGUCUAUCACAGUCUGGCGAAGCGAAAGGUCGAGCAGGGCGUACGCCUGUACAACCAGCACAAGCAGCAGCAGGCGAUCAAGAAGUGGAAGUCGGCGCUGAAGGCGAUACGAAAGCGGGACGAUAAAUUCGAAGUGCUCGGAUACCUUUAUCAAGCCUACAUGGACUGGGGGAAGUACAGAGAUGCCUUGGAAUUUGCUCAUAAACAAUUAUUUAUAUCAGAAGAACUUGACAAUCCAAAUAUGCGAGCAGAAUCAUAUUUAAACCUAGCUAGAUCACAUCAGAGAUUAGGAGGCUUAGAACGAGCUUUAUCGUACGCCAGACACUCUUUAUACAAUGAAUGUGAGCAGUGCAUCACAGCCGGUCACGUUCAUUUAACUGUAGGUUCCGUUUACAUUGAGCUGGCUGGAUUCAACAAAGCGCUCGAUAGUUUUCAACACGCCCAUCGGAUAGCGCAGAACGUACACGAUCGCGCUUUAGAACUACAGGUAUAUUUAGGACUAUCGGAACUUUUUAGCCGUCUGCAGGACGCGGACAAGAGCGCAACGUACGCGGCGAAGGCCUACGAUAUGUCGAGAUCGUUACAGCUCGGCGACAUGAACUCGCGCGAUCACAGGGCGGCGCUGCUGCAGAUGGCGUCGGCGCUACGCAAGCAGGGAGAGCUCGGCGACGCGCAGGAUUACUGUUCGGAGGCGACCCGGCUGGCGCUGAUGUCCGGAGACCAGGCGACGUACGCGCGCAGUAUUAGGAUAAUGGGCGACAUCUACCGGAAGAAAUUAGAUAUUAACAAAGCCUUCCGACAGUACGAAACGGCGAUGGGUUCGGCGGCUUCGAUGGGCGACCGAGUCAUACAAAUGGAGUCGAUGGACGGAGCGGCGCGUUGCCUGGAAGCGUUGCGUCUGCAGCACAAGAUAUGCAACUGUCGACCGUUGGAGUUCAACACCAGGCUGCUAGAGGUCGCCAGUUCGGUCGGCGCCAAACUUUUAGUUCGCGCCAUCCGCAUGCGCCUAUCGGAGAUCUACCACGCGCUCGGCGACGAUGAUCAGAAGCAACACCACGAGCGCAUAGCGUUGCGAGUGCAAAAAGAACUCGACCUCACUUGCGGCGGUUGUGACUCGCCGUACGGACUCGAAAGUGAUUCACUCGAAGCACUGCCUUGUACACACAUAUUGCACGCUAGGUGUGCCUACGAAUUAUUUAGGAAAAAUAAAAGGAAUAAAAAGCGUACUUGUCCUGAGUGUGAUAAAUCAAGUUCACGUUUAUAUCUAAAUUGUAACGAUUAUAACUCUUAUAGUCCCGUACCGUUAUCUGUAUGUUCAUCAGACAGUCACUGUACAACACAUCACGUCACUAGCUCCGUAUAGAUAGAACAGGAAUUCUGCACAAAAAACAAAUUUAAAAAACAACAAAUUGCGUUGAUUUAAUUUUUAUAAUGUAAUUAACUGUGAACCAACUAAUGUUAAGCGUUUAAUGAAUAGCUUUGGAAAUAAAAAGCACUACGUUACUUUA